AAUUAGGAACAUUCAGCAUUCCCUGUCGCAGUCUGCCUACAACGUAUCUCCCAUAAAAUGCCUCCCAAAAGGACAAUGCCAGCCUACCCGACAUAUUAUGUUUCUAAAAGUGCAUAAAUGCGGUUCAUCUACCGUGGCUAAGAUUUUACAACAGGUUACCCGUAAAUAUACAUUAAGACCUCUGCAUCCUAAAGGCAAAUUUUUUCACCCAUGGACAUCUAGAAAGGAUAUGAUCCGGAGGAAAAUAACUGAAAGCGACGCCAACUAUAACCCAAAUAUAACGUAUGAUAUCAUUUUCAAACAUAUGUUUUUUGACUCAAAAGUAAUAGAAAGCAUGAUGCCAAAUGAUACGUUUUAUAUCGGAAUAGUUCGCGAACCAUUUUCCCAGUUUCAAAGCGCCUUCAAUUUUUUUCGUAUUGCGGAGAUAUUCAAUAUGGAAAAUUUCACGAACCCUAUCGUGGAAUUUAUGGAAAAUCCAUACAGGUAUUGGAGCGACGACUAUGUCACAAACCAUAUAGGCUUCUUGAGAAACGGCAUGAUGUAUGUGUACGGGUUCCCAGAUGAUAGAACUGAUCUCAGGAACAACGACAGAUUUAUUGCUGAGUACAUCAGUUUCUUGGAACAGAAAUUUGAUUUUGUAAUCGUCUUAGAAAUGUUUGAUGAAAGUUUGGUGUUACUACGCCGUUUGCUAUGCUGGGACAUGGACGACAUCUUAUAUGCUGUAAGAAACAAACGGGAAUAUGAAUACAAAAACGUGAACGAUGAAAUGACAUUGAAGAAACAUGGGAUGUGGAGCAAAGCUGACUAUCAGUUAUAUAACCACUUCCUUACCAAGUUACGAAACACUGUUUUGUUACAAGGGUCAGACUUUGAUCGUGAGGUGUCGCUCUUCCGUCGAGCAAUCGCGGUGCUCAGCAAAUGUAAGCUUGAGCAUUUUAAGGAUUGCAAAAGAGAACUCAGCAAUCAAGUAUCGGGCAUAUAUGCCCAUUGUUAAAGCUUCAGCAAGUGAUGGGCAACGAAGGUCUCGAAAAAUCAUGGAAAUACAUAAAUAGGAAAUUGUGUGGGGUCUAGGUGUUAUUGACUGGAGUUAAGAUGAUAUUAGAUAAUUUGAAACUGUGCAGACAUAUUUUCAUAAAUUAUUUUAUCACUCACGCUAUUUAGGUUUUAACUGAUGAGGGCUGUUCUGUUAUUCAAGAUUAUUAUCAUAGUGCUUGCAUUCAACUGGUGUUGUUAAACCUAUGAAAUAGACGGAAUGCGACUGUAUAGCAUAUGUGAAUAAUCAUCUUUCUUCAACAACACGAGAGGGCCUUCCCACAGUAAUUUCUCCCAGAAAUUCUAAAUAUUCAUUCAUCCUUA